AUGAUUCGCCAUUGGAGGCCACCCUUCGAACUACCUCCUCAAUACGUUCUCGAUUUGAAGCAUUUUGCAAUUCUCAUUUCCAAUCCCAAGACUCGUCUAGAGGUGAAGCUCUGGGUGCUCUGGUCUUUGCGUAAUUUAGUACCAAAGAGUGCUUUUACCGGGCGAAACCGUAGAAGAUUCCCACAUCUGAAGGCGAUUCUGAACGAAAUUCUAUCCUCACCCACUGAAGCAUUGCUCUACUAUCCAGCGAUGAGCAGAUCCUCUCCCAUCGCGGCUUCAAAGUAA